AUGUCCCCUAAAUUAUCGAUGUUGAACGAACAUUCGACAACGCCGUUAUCAUCCGUGAAUAAUUUGAAACCAUCGUCGCGGAAGUUGUUGCUAGAAAAUGUUCUCAAGCCUAAUUGCAGUGACAAUAAUUGGAAAAAGCAUAGAAAUUCGAGGGAGGACAAAUGGGACGUGAUCGAUGCUCCCCAAUUUAUCGAUUUUGCCAACGUCCCUCUCAUGAGAGACUCUUUCUUUGCCAACACUACUGUGAUCGUGAGCACGCCUCUCCCAAACUCCACAAAUGCAAACUUCCCUAACUCGUCCAAAGAAGACGAUAUGAUCGCGUCUUUUAAUAAUAUCCGUUUGUCUGCCAUAAACAGCGACAACAAAAACGAAGAGAAUAAAGAGGAAUUCAUUGUCCACUAUACCAACCACGAUAUAGUAUCUAACCGUAAUUCACAAGAAAGCAAAAAGAAAUUUCGAAAACAAGACAGUUCCAAAAGAAAGAUUAAGAAACCCGAGGCUCAAAAGAAACCUGUAACGAAACCUUGUCCAUUGAGAAAGAGUUUAGUGCCAAAAGCACCGUCCCUCCAGACAGCGAUAAGAUCAUUGCAAAGGAAACGCUACGACGAUAGGUUGAAAGCGAAGAGAAAAGAGAGGGAACAGAUGGCGCUAAUGGAAUCCAUCGCCAAAGAAAUGCGAGAAAAGGAAGAGAUUGCGCAGCUGAGGAAGCAGAUGACCCACAAGGCGCAACCAGUGCGCAAGUACAAAUUGGGUUUGCCACAAAUUCAGAAACGCCCGUUGACCGAACCCGUGAGCCCGAGAAUGUUGAAACGGCGUCGCAUAGACACUCAAAAUACAAUUUAACGCUAGAUUUACGGGCACUGA